UGCCAGUCUGCUUCCUGAGAGUAGUUCGGGAUGAGAGACUGUGACAGCAUAUUGUGAGAAGUAUUUGUUUUAUGGACUUCCUUGUCUUUCAUACAUUUGGCUUACAUAGUGUCCAGGGGACUCAUCCUGGAAAGGGUCUGAUUGUAACUACAGAAAGCUCUGCCACCACGCGAGGCUUCACAAGAUGGCAGUUUCUGGACUUACCAUUGGUGCCUUCGUACUCGUGCUGUGCAUCGGUUCUGUGGCUAAUUAUCCCAAUGGAGAUGUGACGCAGUCAUGCCAGGACAUGGUCCCUCAGCACAACCACCUUCCGCACCCUGACCCUGUGCACAGCAUUGCAGCGGCUCCGACGACAUUCACACCGGGAGGGCAGGUCGAAGUUACUUUGUCAGGGCCAGAAUUUAGAGGCUUUCUCUUAGAGGCCCGUGAUGCUGAGGAUUUGAGCGGCUCUCCUAUUGGUUCCUUCACAUUGAUUGACAGCCAGGUGUCGCAGCUUCUGACUUGUGGAGACAUACAGGGAUCAGCUGUGAGCCACACAAAUCCCCACAAAAAAACAGAAAUCAAAGUCUACUGGAAUGCCCCGAAGAGUGCCCCAAAUCACGUGCGGUUUCUAGUCACGGUUGUGGAGAAGUAUAAAACCUACUGGGUGAAGAUUCCUGGUGCUGUCAUUUCACAACCGAAAGCACUUCCGUUUUCAACACCUGAAGCUACAGUGGCACCUCCGUCAACCCUCCCUCCAGUCUCCCAUUUAACCGAGUCAUUCGGUGCCUCCGACUGUGGGAGUAAGAAGUUCUGUGUCCGGAGCCCUUCGGCCUGCGACCCGGCGAAGGAGCGUGCCUGCGUCUUCCUGUCCUUCACGCUGGACGACCGGUCGGUGAGGGUUGAAAUGAGUGGUCCCAGCAAAGGCUACUUGUCCUUCGCGUUGUCCCACGACAGAUGGAUGGGUGAUGAUGAUGCGUAUUUGUGUAUCCAUGAGGAUCAGACUGUGCACAUCCAACCUGCCCACCUGACGGGGCGGAGUCACCCUGUGAUGGACUCCUGGGACACUCUUGAGGACAUGGCGUGGAGGCUGGAGGAUGGUGUGAUGCAAUGUUCUUUCAGAAGAAACAUCACUUUUCCUGGAGUUAAGAAUAGAUUUGAUCUAAACACCAGCUACUACAUAUUUCUAGCAGCCGGUGCAGCUAAUGAUGGUCGAAUUUAUAAGCAUUCCCAGCAACCUUUGAUUACAAAUGAAAAGCAUGACGUGACGGCUGAUCCCGUGAACGUAGGAGGGUCGCGGGCCCCGCUCCUCCUGAGGGCUCAUGGUGCCUUGAUGCUGCUGUCGUGGAUGACUGCUGUCAGCGUGGGGGUCAUCGUUGCCCGGUUCUUCAAGCCCGUCUUGUCAGAGCUCCUCUGUGGUGAAUCAGCUUGGUUUCAGGUGCAUCGGACUCUCAUGCUCACUGCGUCCUCCCUCACCUGCGUUGCCUUCGUCCUGCCUUUCAUCUACAGGGGAGGCUGGAGCCGGCAUGCAGGUUACCACCCCUACCUCGGCUGCCUGGUGCUGGCGCUGGCGGUUCUGCAGCCCCUCCUGGCCGCCCUGAGGCCGCCUCUGCAGGACCACAGAAGGCGCCUGUUUAACUGGACUCACUGGGCGAUGGGAACGGCUGCUAGAAUGAUGGCAGUGGCAGCGAUGUUUCUGGGAAUGGACUUACCAGGAGUGGACCUUCCUGGCCUGUGGAAAACCUACACAAUGAUUGGAUUUGUGGCCUGGCACGUGGGGACCGAGGUCACCCUGGAGGUCCACACUUACCGGCUCUCCCGCAAAGUUGAAAUAUUGGAUGAUACUAGGAUUCAGAUUAUGCAGCCGUUUGCCAUAGCCGAAGCAGAAGGCCAUGCAUUUAAAAAGGCGGUGUUAGCAGUUUAUGUCUGUGGGAAUGUGACUUUUCUCAUCAUAUUCUUAUCUGCGAUCAGCCAUCUGUGAGCAAGCCAAGGCCAGGCUGUCACCGACCAGGUAAUGGUUAUCGUCAAGCCCAGGACACUAAAGGCCUGUGCUGACUCCUGGGGCGUGGCCAUACCCUCUGAUCGGAUCCAGGCCACGUCACAGAUGCAUUCUGACGUCUGGUUUUUAGUGGUCAGUACGCAACAGGUCCCGUGGACUAUAAAAUGGUGUCAAGCCUUUGUGUGCCAUUGAGUCUUAAAGGGAAGGUCGAGGAGAGGUGACACUCAGAUAUUUCUUUUUUCCUCCUGUUUAUUGAAUUUAACGGGGUGAGACUGGUUAACACAAUUACACAGGUUUCAGGUGCACUAUUCCACAACACAUCAUCGGUACACUGCAUUGUGUGUUCACCACCCAAGUCAAGUCUCCUCCAUCACCACUUGUCCCUCCACACCCUCCUCCACCUUCCCCCAACCCCUCCCAAAUAUUUCUUUGCUGAGAUUUUAAGAAUGGGAAAGGAAACAGGAACUACUUCGGAACAAAGGAUGACAGGAUAAAAGGAGAGGAGAGUAAAUAUAUUUGGGGCUAUAGGAGAGCUGUGGUACUUUUAAGACAACAUCGAUUUUUACUAGUUUAUCUCAGUGGACUUUUUUCUAGGGCUUUUUGAGAAACUGUUUUUCAGUCCAGUUUUUGCUUUAUGUAUUUUGUUUCUUCUCUGGUAAAAAUGGAAGUGGAGCUGACCUCAUUGUAGGUUUAAUUAACAUUUAAAUAUAUUAUGAAUAUUAUAAUUUUGUUCUUAGCUAUGUAAUGCAAGUGUGCAUCUUCUGCUUAAAAACUGCCUUUAUAUAUUCAGCAACAGAGCUGAAAUGGCAUUUUAUGUGUUAAUUGUUUAGACAAUAGGAUUUGAGUCUGAUAACCUUUGGAGGUUGUAGACUUGCAUUUCUAAGUUAAUAAAACUCACCCUUGUGAAUAUGUCUAAGUUACUCUCAUUCCUUGUGGUAAUAAAAUAAUCUGGGUGGUUCUGUUUUGCUAGAAGUUCCUGAUGCUGUAAUGAAUUAGAAUAAUCAGUGUUACUUCCCUUCCUAGCAAUAAUUGCUCUUCUGUGUUAUGGCUGGGUUUUAUGCCUGCUAUGAGGACUUCUAGCCAGUGGGUGGCACCAUAAUACCAACGUACUGCUUUGUUUCUGCUUCCUUGUGCUGAGAUCCAUUUGGAUAUUUGGUUGGUACUUUCCUUGAAAUCCACCUUCUCAGUCUUUAAAAAAAUUUUUUU